AUGCCCGAUGUCAAAUGCGGCGAUCUAGUCAUAGUAUUUGGCGCCAAGGUGCAAUGCUACGAAUCCGCGUUUUCGCUAUGUACCAAUAAGGUGACGGAUGUCCUCAUAUACGACUCGACUAAAAUCCCGAAACCAGGAAAUGAUGCCUCAAGAGCCUUGCGUCCAUCGAAUCGGAGCCGGAUCGGUCGUCAGCCGAACAAAACUGAGAACGAGUUUGUCAGCAUUCUGUACGGAUCCAUUAACAAGGAAAAAGUUCCGACGGAAUCCGAAUUUGAGAUUAUGAAGAUGAACUCGAAAAAUGUGAAGAAAAAGUUCUCCGAGCUGAAAGACGUUCGCGAGGGCAUGUUCAUCAAUACAAUCGCGGAGGUUGUCAAAGAACCCUACGACGCGGGCGACAAAGUGACAUUGUGGGUCUCGGACUACACGGAGAAUGAUCAAUUUUAUCAUCACAAAUUCACGGGCGGCGCGUCUGUCGGAGGACAAAAGACCGAUUCGCAUGGGUACUCGAAGAAAGUCGGCAGUUGGCAACCAAAGUCGGAGUGGGCUGGGCCAUUCGGGAAGCGAAGCCUGCAGAUCACUUGCUUCGAUCCACAUGCUUCAGCGAUCCGCGAACAUAAUUUCACCAAGGGAACAUGGCUCUUUCUACGAAACUUGCAAGUCAAGCUGGGGCGCGACUUGAACAACUUGGAGGGAUACCUGAGAGAAGACCGCGGCGUCCAGGGACAGAAGAUUAACGUGUCGGAAGAGCACGCUGUGGAUUCGGAAACCACCAAGACAGAGCUGAAGAAUGCUUUGCGGCGAAAGCGCGACUAUGAGAAGUUGCGGAAGGAUCAGUUAAGGGCCAUUACCGCGGCCGCCACCGCCGGCCUAAAGCGCCCAGGAGACACAGGCUUGGAUGCUGGGCGGGCGAAAAUGCCUAAUUCAAAGGCAAAGAGGAAUGCCAACCGAGCCGCCAAACAACAAGCAUACAAGCAAAAGCGAGGGCAACAGAAUGAUGCCUCUUCUUCAGAAGACAUGGUUCCGACUGGCGUACCAAAAGAUUUGAACACACAAGUCAAAUGUGAAAACGCCAACCAGCCGACAACUUCUAUCACCGACAUCCUGAAGCCAGUAUUCCAUGAAGCCACGAUUGACGGCGACGAGGUCAAGAUCCCUUUGCCAUUUGUCAACGCCAACCAUCGCACCCACGCCCGGGUCGUCGAGUUCAUGCCUCGCAAACUGGAGGAUUUUGCCCGCCCCAGGACGCAAGCCGCCGCAGAAUACGCCGUCUUGUCAGACGCGGGAGAAUCCGACUCGGACUCGUCGUGUGGAUCGGAAAGCGAGCAAAAGGCCCUUCCAGCCGCGAAGAGCUGGGAAUGGCGCUUUUCCCUGAAACUCGAGGAUGCCAGCCCCGACGAGCAGCAGGCCAGGCCGUCUCUCUGGGUGGCUGUCGACAACCAAUCCGCCCAGAUGCUUCUCAACCUCGACGCAUCCGACCUGCGAAACGACGACGAGAACCUCGGCCAGCUGCGGCAAAGGCUGUUCCUCCUCUGGGGCGACCUGGAGGAGUACCAGAUCACGCUGGAGGACCAGGCACCGGUGGGCAGACGUCGGGGCGACGACCGACCCCCCGCGGACUCUGACGACGAGGGCGAAGCGCAAAGCAGGGCCAAGGCGGUGCGGCGGCAGCUGGGGGUCUCCAACCGUCCGUUUGCCUGCUGCAUCCGCCAGUACGGCGUCAGAGUCAAGGAAGACGACGAGGGGCGCGCAGAUGCCGGCGGCGGUGGACGCUGGCAGCGAAUGUUUGGUCUAUUCGGGACGAGGAUAUGCGCGCCGUGA